AUGGAUCAAGCCGGUUCUCUAUUACUUCUACUGGUCAUGCAGAAGAGAACUAGGCAAGGAAUUAAUAUGAUGGGUAUUUCUAAAGAGUCCACCAAAGUCCGUGCUAAUCACUGUUUUGAUUCUGCCAAUCAGAAGCUUCCUCCAUUUGCUCUUUCUUUUGCUGCUGCGCCUACAUUUUUUAUUAGUUUGCACCUUAAGCUGCUGAUGGAGCGAUCUGUAGCUCAUCUAAGCUUUUGUGAUCACAUGCCACUUGCUGAUCAAGAAAGCUCUGGUCUCAUGACGGAUGGCUGCUGUGGCCUUGAUGAUUACUCUAACGGGAAUUCCAAAAUUAAUCUGAAGCAAAACAUGAUGGUUUGGUCAAAAGAUGACUCUUUUGUUGAACCUGAGUUGGUAAUUGGUUCUUCUGUUUGCUGUGAUGGAGUUCUUCCUCAAAGCGGUCAGAAUAUUGCUCUUAAUAGUGCUGGAACUUCUAGUUCUUAUGGUUCUGAGAGGCUUAGUACUAUUCAGUUAUCAGAGGAGAAAUCCCAUUAUUUUAGGUCAGAACAUUGCCCUUUACCCUCCAGUUCUUUGAUUGGUGAGGAUAAGGUUGGAGAUUUGUCCCUUUCUUUUGCGGGUGAUCUCAGUAUCCAAUUACCUUCAGCUGACCGUAUUGAUAAAUCUAUGGAGUGUGACUUGCAUGAUGCUCAGCACUCUUCUGAUUUGUCUUGGAAUAUAAAUGGAGGUUUCAUUCCAAGCCCUAAUCCAACUGCACCCAGAAGUUCUUGGCACAGGAACAGAAAUAGCUCUUCAUCAUUUGGGUUAUCAUCUCAUGGGUGGUCAGACGGAAAGGCUGACACUCUUCACAAUGGUUUUAGUAAUGGACCCAAGAAGCCUCGAACACAAGUGUCAUAUUCUUUGCCUUUUCAUGGGUAUGAUUGUAGUUCAAGGGACAAAAGCCAUAAUCAGAAAGGGUUUCCUCACAAACGAAUUAGAAAAGCAAAUGAGAGAAAGUCAUCUGAUGUUGCUGGAAGCAUUGAAAAGAAUUUUGAUUCUUUAUAUUGUGAUGCAAAUGUGCUGAUUACCCUUGGUGAGAAGGGUUGGAGAGAAUCUGGUGCGCAGGUUGUGUUAGAGCUUUUUGAUCAUAAUGAGUGGAAACUUUCUGUAAAACUUUCUGGGAUUACAAGGUAUUCAUAUAAAGCCCAUCAGUUUUUUCAGCCUGGAUCAACAAAUCGUUACACACAUGCUAUGAUGUGGAAAGGAGGUAAGAAUUGGGUACUGGAAUUUACUGAGAGGAGUCAGUGGGCUCUCUUCAAGGAGAUGCAUCAGGAAUGCUAUAAUCGGAACAUACGUGCUGCUUCAGUAAAAAAUAUACCUAUUCCUGGUGUUCGCUUCUUAAAAGAGAAUGACAACAAUGGAACUGAAGUUGCAUUUGUUCGUAGUUCUAGGUAUUUCCAUCAGGUUGAAACAGAUGUUGAGAUGGCUUUGGAUCCAUUACGUGUCUUGUAUGACAUGGAUAGUGAGGAUGAGAAGUGGUUUUUUGACAUUCGAAAUUCUAAAAAAGACAACAGUGAAUGUGAAGGUAUAUCUGAAGAAAUUUUUGAGAAGACAAUGGACAUGUUUGAAAAGGCUGCAUAUGCCCAACAACGUGUUGAGUUUUCUACAAAUGAAAUAGAGGAGCUCAUACCUGAUAUUAGGCCCUUGUAUGUUGUCCAUACUAUCUAUGAGCAUUGGCAGCAGAGAAGAAAGAAGAAGGGAAUGGCUUUGAUUCGACAUUUCCAGCCUCCUCUGUGGGAAAGGUAUCAACAACAAUUGAAAGAGUGGGAAGUAGCUAUUACCAAGAACAAUAUACGUAGUCCUAAUGGCUGCCUGGAUAAAGCUGCAACUUUGGAGAAGCCACCUAUGUUUGCUUUCUGUUUGAAACCAAGGGGCUUAGAAGUGAUGAACAAGGGAUUAAAACAGCGAUCACAAAAGAAAUUUUCAGUCUCUGGGCAUACACACAACUUUUUAGCAGAUCAAGAUGGUUUUCAUACCUUUGGAAGAAGACAGAACGGCUUUGCAUUUGGUGAUGAAAAGUUUUCUUACCCAGGCUAUAAUUAUGAUUCUUUGGAUGAUUCUCCAUUGCCUCAGACAUCACCAAGGGUAUUCUCACCAAGGGGAGCUAGCAGCAUGGCAUAUUACACAACAAGCAGAAAUGGAUUUGAUAGAAAUAAUGUCUCCAAAUUUCACCAUAGCAAGUCAAAGAAAUCUGGGUCGUUUAUGUAUCAUAAUGAUUCGCAAAUGAUGGCUUCUUUCAACCAGAGAAUGUCAGGAAAGAGAAAUGGGGUUCAUAGGUGGAAUAUGGGUUAUGACGACUUGCCAAGCAACAGGGAGUGCCUAUUGGAUGGGCCUUAUAGCCAUGAGACUGAACAACUGGAUGGUUCAGAUCUUGAGGAGUUUAGGUUGCAUGACCCCUCUGGUGCGGCUCAGCAUGCUCAUCGCAUGGCUAAAUUAAAGAGAGAGAGGGCGCAAAGGUUGCUCCACCGAGCAGAUCUUGCAGUUCACAAGGCCGUGAUUGCUCUCAUGACAGCUGAAGCUGUGAAGGCUUCUGAGUGCUUGAACAGUGAUGGGUAGACCACUGAAUGGACUCGUUCAAUUUGUGGCAAAAGAGGCGAAGUGCUAGGCUCGGCAUUGUUUUUGCUAGACAUAGGUCUAGUUUUUACUUCAAGGGUGGUGGAUAUUCCCGUAGUGAACUUCAACCAGGAGUGCUGAGAGCAGUGAGGCAGAUGUGAUUUUGUUGCUCUAAUACGAGUUUUUUCCCCCCAGCUUUAGAUCUGCUCAGUU